AUGUCGGGCGAAUCACCGAUCCUUGAAACAGAGCAUGCCGAUGCCGCACAGGCGAUGACUUCAAAAUCCCAGGCAGAGAAGCCAGCGAAAAGAGAUGCCUUCUCAGAGCUUCUAUCACCUAAGAACAAGCAACAGAAACAAGCGAGCCAUCCCCCCUCGAAAACGAAUAUCAAGAACAGAUUUGGCGCGCGUGACGGCUUGGGCGCCUACAUCGAAAAGCCAGAGUCAUACCCGUCCAACGUUGUGGUAUACUACAACGAUGAUUUUGUCGUAAUUCAUGACAUGUUCCCCAAAUCUACGUUACAUUUGCUAUUGCUUCCUCGUGACCCAACUAAAACACGGCUCCAUCCAUUUGAGGCCUUCGAAGAUCCAGAGUUCCUGAGCAAAGUCAAGGCCGAAACGAGAAAGCUUCGCACUUUGGCAGCGGCCGAGCUGAGACGCAAGUACGGGAGAUAUUCAACCCAGGACAAAGAGAGACAAGAUGCUUUGAAUGCAGACCCGCCGCCUGAUGUGCUACCACAGGGGAGAGAUUGGGAGAAAGAGGUCAUGUGUGGCAUCCACGCGCACCCGUCUAUGAACCAUCUACACAUACAUAUCAUCUCCGUGGACAGGUAUAGCGAUCGCCUGAAGCACAGGAAGCAUUAUAAUAGUUUCUCGACCCCUUUCUUUGUCGAUAUCGAGGAUUUCCCCCUCGCCAACGAUGAUGCGAGACGUCAUCCGGACAGAGAAGGGUAUCUACGGAGAGAGUUCAAAUGUUGGCGAUGUGGCAAGGAUUUCGGCAAUAGGUUCGCCGAACUGAAAAGCCACCUUGAAGGAGAGUUCAACGAAUGGAAACGACUUUGA